AUAGUCAUCAAGGCAGGGGCGGACUGACAACUCAUGGGGCCCCCGGGCAAUAGGGGAUCAUGUGUCCCCUGUGUUUUUGCCCAAACUCAAAAAAGCCUAUGAAAAAGGUACCAGGGGCAUCUCAUGGGGCCCCCUACUGACCCCGGGCCCUUGGUCAGUGCCCGAGUUUCCAAAUGGUCAGUCCACCCCUGUCAGUUACGGUGUCCAAUGUUGUCACGGCGAUGCCGACUCACCAAGAUGAUAAAAAAACCUGACGCAGCCGACCUGUCCACACCUGCCGAGCACUCGCCACAAUUGCUUAUGUCGGACAAUCAGACAAUUGCUUAUGUCUGAU